CGCAAUUCGGAUUCGCCUUAUCUUAUCCAAUCUAUCUUCUCCCUUUCAAAAAAGGCCACCGUCGGCGCUGAACCCGCCAUGGUCUCCGACUUCCCAGGUCUGGGCACAUUUCGCCGGAGCAAGUUGGCAAUUUCGUAAGAAUCUCCUCAAAAAAAUGGCGCCAAUCUCGGAGAAGGAAGUGGACAGCAUGAAAAGGAGAGUGGCAGCAGUGGCCAACCACGUCAAUCCUCUGUUCUCAACUCCGGCUUCGAGCUCCAGCAGCCCCAUCAUCGGAUUACACACCACUUCCAUGAGAGACAGCUACCACAGAAUCCACGGCCAAGUGUCGACGGCAGAAGCCGCCUGGAGAAUCGCUGAUGAGCAGCAGUUCACCGACAUCAUAUACGAGAAAGCAGUCGGCGAAGGGAUCGCCAAGAUUACAAUUAACAGGCCGGAAAGGAGAAAUGCGUUCCGGCCGCUAACGGUGAAGGAGAUGAUUCGGGCGUUCGAUGAUGCCAGAGACGAUACCUCCAUCGGGGUUAUAAUUCUCACCGGAAAGGGAACACAAGCAUUCUGCAGCGGCGGGGACCAAGCAUUGAGGACCAAAGAUGGUUACGCUGAUCCCAACGAUACCGGCCGUCUCAAUGUUCUUGACUUGCAGGUCCAGAUUCGGCGGCUUCCCAAGCCCGUAAUAGCAAUGGUUGCUGGGUAUGCUGUGGGAGGAGGCCAUGUGUUGCACAUGGUUUGCGAUCUCACGAUCGCAGCUGACAAUGCUGUGUUCGGCCAGACUGGUCCGAAGGUAGGAAGUUUCGACGGUGGAUAUGGAAGCUCCAUCAUGUCCCGUCUGAUUGGCCCCAAAAGGGCUCGAGAGAUGUGGUUUCUGGCGAGGUUCUACUCAGCUUCAGAAGCUGAGAGAAUGGGGCUGGUUAAUACAGUUGUCCCAUUGGAUAGGUUGGAGCAGGAAACAGUACAAUGGUGUCGAGAGAUACUUAGGAACAGUCCUACUGCGAUUCGAAUUCUGAAGUCAGCUCUCAAUGCUGUUGAUGAUGGCCAUGCUGGACUCCAGGAGCUUGCUGGGAAUGCAACGCACAUAUUCUACCGUACUGAAGAAGGCAAUGAAGGGAAGACAGCAUAUAUGGAACGAAGGCCACCGGACUUCUCGAGAUUUCCUCGACUCCCUUGACCCAUCCAAUCUUUUAUUCAAG